GUUUGACUUGAAAUUCUGUAACUUCUCUUUCUACUCCAGGUGUAGCCAGUGCAUUGGACAUAGGAUUAUCUAACUGGAGUUUUGAAUUCAUCACAGUAUCUUUAUAUACCAUGACAAAAUCUACCUGUAUCAUAUUUAUAUUAGGAUUUUCUCUUUUAUUUGGACUUGAAAAAAAGAGAUACUCUUUAAUUGUUGUGGUAGUUUUAAUAGCUGCAGGAUUAUUUAUGUUCACAUACCAAUCUACUCAGUUUAAUUUGGAGGGCUUCCUGCUUGUACUCAGUGCCUCUUUCCUUGCUGGUUUGCGUUGGACUCUUGCCCAAAUGGUUGUGCAGCGAAAAGAAUUGGGGCUUGGAAAUCCUGUUGAUAUGAUUUACCAUGUUCAGCCAUGGAUGGUAAUAGGACUCUUGCCUUUAGCUGUAAUUUUUGAAGGUAUACCGAUUGCAACAUCAGAAAAAGUGUUCCGUUACAAGGAAGUCAGUGUUGUAUUUACAACAUUAGGUUAUAUACUAGCUGGAUCAAUACUUGCUUUCUUUAUGGAGCUUAGUGAAUAUUUGCUACUUGUGUACACCUCUAGUCUAACUCUGUCCAUUGCAGGUGUAUUUAAGGAGGUGUGCACUCUUUACCUAGCUGUAAGGUAUACUGGUGAUCAUAUGACAACUGUGAACUUCAUUGGAUUGAUUGUGUGCCUUAUUGGAAUUACACUUCAUGUAGUAUUGAAAGGUCUUCAUUCCAAUGGUAAAGACUCUUCUUCUGUGAGGGCCUUCCUGGUGUCCUGCUAUCUUAACUUUCUUCAUUAUUUCUCUGCUACUGGAUAUAAGAUGAAAAAGAAUAUGAAGGAUGGCAACGACUACUAGAUAAGAGUGGUGUUGAUCUUGAAGAAGAGGAGGAAGAUGUCAUAUUUGAAACAAGUUCCACUACAAGUUUGUGAUAACAACGAGAACUAAGUCUGAGGCACAUGCUUUCUAUUCUUCCUGCGGAAGACUUAUUGCUCAACCAUUAUUUCUGUAUAUAAAAAGAUAAAUUAUUCUGUAGAAUGUAA